CAUGAGACGUUUUUUGAUUUCCCGACAGAACCAUCGUUGCGGAGAGUCAAACGAAAUGAAGCAAAAGAACAAAAAAUUCUGCAAACGACCCCUCCAGAGUUUUCUGCCCCCACAUGACCGACGCACCUCAACCACAAGCAACCCCAUCGACAACAUCCGUCAUCAACGAUACAAUGCCUUCAGUAACUUCAGGCUUGUUAAGGUCACGGAACACCACGAUUCCAGGCCUUAAUCCAGAUGAAGCAGCCAAAAUGCUCAAUGAAGAAUAUAUCACACGUUUAUCAGAAGAAGCUUUUCGUAAACUAGCAGAGUAUACACGUGCAGAGCUUCUAUUGACAAUGGAGGAUUGCCAAUUACUCGAAACAAUGAACACAAGCACAAGAGAAAAAUACAGUCAAAUGUCCCAAAUGAGUCAACGCCUCAUGAAAGAAAUGUCCAAACUUCAAAAUACAUAUGCGGAUUUUGCAACAUUUAUGCGUCAAGUCGAUGAUAUCAAUCAACAAACCAUCGAUAUGGAAACAACUGCAAAAGCACUCAAUGCGUACUCACAACAAUUAGAGAUCAAACUUAAUCAGUCACACCAUACUUAAUAAGUUUAUACUUUACGUUUACAUACUUCUGAUCACCCACCCUAAUUUUGAUUCCAUCACAUUGCUACUUUCUACAUUUUCCUGAAUAAAACAAACCUAGAUACUUGCUAUCACCUGU